AUAUCACAUCACCAAACAUGUCGGUUAUGACGUUUGGUAUGAAAAAAUUUAAUCCAACUGCACCAGACAAAGGAAGUUUCCCAUUGGACCAUGAGGGUUUGUGCAAAAAAGAAAUGAUCAAGUACAUGAUGUGUAUCAAUCAGAACAAUAAGGAUAACAGUGCAUGUCGUCAGCAGGCCAAGGACUAUUUAGGAUGCAGAAUGGACAAUAAUUUAAUGAGCAAAGAAGAGUGGUCAAAAUUGGGCUUUAGUGAAAGUGAAGAUACAAUAGAACAAACAAAAAGUAACAAAUGAAAGAAUUAGUGUGAUAUUCUGAAUAUUAUUGGUUCUAUUUACUUUCUAGUUUCUAUUUAAAUGUAUCCUUUGUUACAAUAAACCAGUUUUUCGUUUUCAAA